GCCGUGCAUGCCUUGGCGACUGACGGCCUCGCUCGACCUGACAUCACACAACACUCCGCAGUGCCUUUGACGACAUCAAUUGCACAGCGCGGAACGGCUCCGUACGACAUUGCACACUUCAUGCUGUGAGCACAGUCACCAGCGCCUGCCCGCCCAUCAUGGCCUCCAGCAAUCGGCUCGCUGGACGCCUCGUCCCGACCGCGUUGGCCUCCGCCAGGCCACGCCCGACAUUCGCCGCUCGCCAGCAUCUCAGUCGCCCCAGCCAGCUGCUGCCCUCCGGCCCCCGCCGUUAUGCAUCGUCGUCCAGUGCCGAGUCGCUGCCUCUCUCGCGCCUCAAGGUUGCCCUGUGGUCCACCUCGAUCGCCCUUUCCGGCUUCGUUGUAUAUCUCUACGUCACCGACACCAGAUCCUUCAUCCACCGCUACGUCGUGCCGCCGGCCCUCCGCGUCAUCUUCCCGGACGCUGAAGAUGGUCACAACAUAGCUGUCUCGGCGCUUGGCACGCUCUACGAUCUCAAACUCAACCCUCGUGAGCGCUCUAGCUCCGCGGAUGGCCCCGAGCUGUCCGUCUCAGUCUUCGGCGACGACCUCAGAAACCCCAUUGGAAUAUCAGCCGGCCUCGACAAACACGCGCAGAUUCCGGAUGCCCUGUUUGCCCUUGGCGCAGGCGUCGUCGAGGUUGGCGGCUGCACCCCCCUCGCCCAGCCUGGUAACCCCAGGCCUCGCAUGUUCCGCGUGCCUGGCAUUGACGGGCUGAUCAAUCGCUAUGGCCUGAACUCGCAUGGCGCCGACCAUAUGGCCAUGAAGCUGCGCGAGCGUGUGCGCCUGUACGCCAAGUCGAUAGGCCUUGACGAGGAGAGCGUGCUCAAUGGCGAGGCCAACGUGCCACCAGGAAGUCUUCUGCCUGGGCGCAUGCUACUUGUGCAGAUCGCCAAGAACAAGGACACUGACGGCAGCAACGUCGAGGAGGUCUCGCGCGACUAUGUCUACUGCGUCGAGCGCCUGGCCAAGUACGCCGACGUGCUCGUCGUCAACGUCAGCAGCCCCAACACCCCUGGCCUGCGCGACCUCCAGGCUGUCGAGCCGCUCAGCAAGAUCCUUAGCGCUGUCGUGAACGAGGCUCGUCGCGCAGAUCGCAAGACGAAACCCAAGGUCAUGGUGAAAGUGUCACCGGACGAGGACGACGAGUCGCAGAUGCAGGGCAUCGUACAGGCCAUCUUCUCUAGCGGCGUGGACGGCGUGAUUGUGGGCAACACUACGAGAGACAGAGCCGGUGUCAUCCCUCCCGGAGUAAAGCUCGAUCAGCAGGAUGCCAGGACCAUGACCGAGACGGGCGGGUACUCCGGGCCCAUGAUGUUCGACCGCACGUUGAACCUGGUUGGUCGGUAUCGCAAGAUGCUCGACAGCUACUCGCGGCAGGUCAGGCACCAGGACACUAUAGACAAGGAGGCUGUGGACUCGAGCCUCGCAGCCAUCGAAGGCACGUUGACAGGAAUGGUGGAGGACAAGGCGCCCACAGCCAAGAACAACGGACCCACGAGUCUACUCGGCAAGCAGGCAGACACUCCCAAGGUCAUCUUUGCUACCGGUGGCAUCACCAACGGCGAACAGGCUCUCAAGAUCCUCAACGCCGGUGCGAGCGUGGCCAUGAUCUAUACGGCGCUUGUCUAUGGCGGUUCUGGCACGGUCACCCGGAUCAAGAGCCAGAUGAAGGAAGAGAUGAAGGGUGGUGCGCAGAAGAAGUAGUCUGUGGGAUUUAGAUGCGUGUACAAUGAGGUCCGAUGGUGGUCCAAUGAAUUAAAAGGUCGGAAGAAAAGAGUUUUGGGGGCAUCCGUGGGGUAGCCUUGAUCUGUUCAAACACUGCUGUUUGCAACCACAAGAAGCAGAGCCUGGGAGGUCAAACGGGGCUCAGGGUCAUUAUAGAUCUCUAGACGUUUCAAAAAUAAAUAAAGAGGGCGUGUGUAUCUGUUGCCGAGAA